AUGGCCACCGCCACCAGCCCCAGCAUCUUCCUACUCAUGGUGACAGGGAAGAUCGAGAGCACCCAGUUCUCAGAGUUUGACGAUCUCUACUGCAAGUACUGCUUUGUCUACGGCCACGACUGGGUGCCCACCACGGGGUCGGAAGAGGGAAUAUCUCAGAUCACCUCUAAAAGUGGAGAUGCACAGCAAACCCUUGUGUGGAAUUUUCCGACUGACAUCACCUUUAAAAGUACCAACCCCUAUGGCUGGCCUCAAAUAGUAUUAAGCGUUUACGGACCUGAUGUCUUUGGAAAUGAUGUUGUCCGUGGUUAUGGAGCUGUUCAUGUUCCCUUCACGCCUGGAAGGCGCAAACGAACAAUUGCUAUGUUUGUUCCAGAAUCAACAUCAAAGCUGCAGAAAUUCACAAGCUGGCUCACAGGAAGGCGUCCGGAGUUCACCGACCCAAGGGUGGUCGCCUAGGGAGAAGGACGAGAAGUGACCAGGGUGCAUUCCCAAGGCUUUGUGACCAUUUCCUUCAACGUCGUGACUAAAGACGUGAAGAAGUUAGGUUACAAUGUAAGCCCGAGUGACAUGCAGAACGCUUCCCUAAUGUCUCUGACCGAGGGGAUUCAUAAAUAUUAAAGUAGACAGGAGCUUUCCCAAGGCACGAAUGGGAGUGACUGCCCACGCUGACUUCUGUUCUUCCACUGGAAUUGAAUGACUUCCUGUUCUUAGAAAGUUUUGCCUGGAGCUCUACUUUCUGAAUAAACUCCAGCUGGUUUGGCC